UCAAGUCUUUUCCCCCAUUUCUACCUCUCUUCCGUUUCCCUUUCCCCUCUUCCACCCCCCCCCCCUAAAUCUCUCUCUUUCUUUCUCUCUCUCUGAUUCACUCUCCUCCCCAUGGCGGACCGUGGAUCUUACGGCUUGGCUCCUCGUUUAGAUAUCGAGCAGUUAUUGGUAGAAGCAAAACAUCGUUGGUUACGUCCAGCUGAAAUUUGUGAAAUACUCCGUAACUACACCAAGUUUCGUAUUGCUUCAGAGCCUCCAGAUAGACCAUCAAGUGGGUCACUUUUUCUUUUUGACCGGAAGGUUCUGAGGUACUUUAGAAAGGAUGGACAUAAAUGGAGGAAGAAGAAAGAUGGCAAAACUGUAAGGGAAGCUCAUGAGAAGCUGAAGGUUGGAAGCAUUGAUGUAUUGCACUGCUAUUAUGCCCAUGGAGAAGAAAAUGAGAACUUUCAAAGGCGCAGCUAUUGGAUGCUUGAAGAGCAUUUAAUGCACAUAGUUUUUGUCCACUACUUGGAAGUUAAGGGUAAUAGAACCAAUGUUGGAGCUGUCGUUGAGACUGAUGAGGUUUCAACAAGUUCACAGAAGAGUAGAAGUUCUAGCUAUUCCAGCAGUCAUAAUCAAGCAGCUUCUGAAAAUGCAGAUUCCCCCAGUCCGACUAGCACUUUGACAUCAUUUUGUGAAGAUGCUGAUAAUGGUUGCUACUUGAAUUUGCAAUUUGGUGCAGAAGACACUUACCAAGCAACUUCAAGAUUUCACUCAUUUCCCACGUCACCAAAAAUGGGAAAUGGUCUUCUGGUGAAUAAACCAGAUGCUGGUCAAUCAAAUUUUUAUUUUCCUCAUUCCUCUUCCAACAACGCUGAAGCUUGGUCAACAGUUCCUGCUGUGGAUUAUGUAACACAAGUCCAAAAAGAUGGACUUGGGGGUAACGGUGGUGAUACUAGUAUGAUGGGUUCUCAGAAGACACUCAGUUCUGCCUCGUGGGAAGAGAUCUUGCAUCAAUGUACAACUGGUUUUCAAACUGUACCUUCUCAUGUUUUAACCUCUUCAAUUGAACCUCUGCCUUCUGGAAUUGUCUUUGGACAAGAGAAUUCAACUCCUGACAAGCUUUUAACCAGUAAUAGUGCUAUUAAAGAGGACUUUGGGAGUGCUCUGGCAAUGACAUCAAACUGGCAGGUUCCUUUUGAAGACAAUACUUUGUCCUUUUCGAAAGAGCACGUUGAUCAUUUUCCAGAUUUGUAUUCAGUUUGUGACAUAGAUAGCAGGUUAACUGCGCAGAAAUCUCACGAUGCAACUUUUGGAAGAGGUCAUGAGAUGUUUUGUGCUCAUCCUGGCAAACAAAAUGAGGAGAUUUUGCCAAACCUUGAAUUACAGUUCAAAGAAGGAGAAUCGUAUUCAACUGCGAGGUUGAGUUCUGACAAUGAUAUGUCUAAAGAAGGUACUAUCAGCUAUUCUCUGACUUUGAAACAAUCAUUAAUGGAUGGAGAGGAGAGUUUGAAGAAAGUCGACAGCUUCUCAAGGUGGGUAUCUAAGGAGCUUGGAGAAGUUGAUGAUUUGCACAUGCAUCCAUCAUCUGGCUUGACUUGGACCACUGUAGAAUGUGGUGAUAUGGUUGAUGAUUCAUCAUUAAGCCCUUCUAUUUCUGAAGACCAGCUUUUCAGUAUAACAGCCUUUUCUCCAAAGUGGACAGUUGCAGAUCUGGACACUGAGGUUGUGGUUAUAGGGAGGUUUAUGGGGAACAAUAAUGGCACAAACUGCCAUUGGUCAUGUAUGUUUGGGGAAGUUGAGGUGCCUGCAGAGGUUUUGGCUGAUGGAAUCCUGUGCUGUCAUGCACCACCACAUAGUGUUGGGCGAGUCCCCUUUUAUGUUACAUGUUCCAACAGAGUAGCUUGCAGUGAGGUGCGUGAAUUUGAUUACUUAGCGGGCUCUGCGCAAGAUGUAAAUGUUACCGAUAUAUACAACGCUGGUGCUACAGAAGAAUUACGUAUGCAUUUGCGAUUUGAGAGGUUACUGUCUCUUGAACCUUCAGAUCCUUCAAAUGACCUCUCUGAAAGUGCUUUGGAGAAGCAAAACUUAAUCAGAGAGCUUAUCACAAUAAAGGAAGAAGAUGAUACUUAUGGGGAAGAUCCAAAUCCUCAGAAUGAUCAAAUUCAGCAUCAAAGCAAGGAGUUCCUUUUUGUAAAGCUGAUGAAAGAAAAACUGUACUCGUGGCUUAUCCACAAAGUUAUUGAAGGUGGCAAAGGUCCUAAUAUAUUGGAUAGUGAGGGGCAGGGGGUAAUUCAUUUAGCAGCAGCCCUCGGUUAUGAUUGGGCCAUCAGACCAAUUGUAGCUGCAGGAGUGAGUAUCAACUUUCGAGACAUUAAUGGAUGGACUGCUCUUCAUUGGGCAGCAUUAUGUGGCAGGGAGUUGACAGUUGGAACCCUUAUAACACUGGAUGCUUCUCCUGGACUGAUGUCAGAUCCUUCUCCAGAAGUUCCUUUGGGCAUAGUGCCUGCAGAUCUUGCAUCUAUUAAUGGACACAAAGGGAUCUCUGGUUUCCUCGCAGAGGCAGCAUUGACCAGCUAUGUCAGUUCCAUAUCAAUGGCUGAGACAGUACAAGAUGGUGUGUCAGACGCUUCAAGGACGAAAGCUGUGCAAACUGUUUCUGAACGAAGGGCCACACCGGUAAAUGAUGGUUUCAUGCCCGGCGAUUUGUCCUUGAAGGAUUCAUUGACUGCUGUCUGCAAUGCUACUCAAGCUGCUGGCCGUAUAUAUCAGAUAUUAAGAGUGCAGUCGUUUCAGAGGAAAAAAUUAUCAGAGUGUGGAACUGAUGAAUUUGGAUCCUCAGAUAAUAGUAUUCUUUCAUUUAUGAAAGCCAGGGCACGUAAGUCUGGACUAAGUAACAACCCAGCUCAUGCUGCUGCAGUUCAGAUACAGAAAAAGUUCCGUGGUUGGAGAAUGAGAAAAGAAUUCUUGCUAAUACGGCAAAGAAUAGUGAAAAUUCAGGCCCAUGUCAGAGGACACCAGGUGAGGAAGCAAUAUAAAAAGAUUGUUUGGUCAGUAGGAAUGAUAGACAAGAUUAUUUUGAGAUGGAGACGGAAGGGCAGUGGUUUGCGAGGCUUCCGAUCGGAUGCAGUUCCCAAGGAUCCACCCGCCUUGAUGGCACCACCUACUAAAGAGGAUGAUUAUGAUUUUCUGAAGGAAGGAAGGAGGCAGACUGAGGAGAGAUUUCAAAAAGCACUUACUAGAGUCAAGUCCAUGGCGCAGUAUCCUGAGGGACGAGACCAAUACCGUAGGCUUCUUACUGUUGUUCAAAAGUGCCGAGAAACCAAGGGGAGUGCUAUGGUUGUUACUACUACUUCAGAAGAGGUAAUAGAAGGCGAUGACAUGAUUGAUAUCGACACCCUGCUGGAUGACGAUGCUUUGAUGUCUAUGACAUUUGAUUGAGAAACAGAUUUGUGUUAUCAAUCAACCUUCUGCUCUGAUGCUCCUAACUUAAGCUUUUGCUUGUAAAUACAACUCUAACUAAUGUAUCAGAUUCAGAUCUUUAUAUAUGAACACACAGUAUUUGGCUGCCUACCAAACAAGGGUAUAGAUUUUAUAGGUUGCUGAUAGGUUUACCUGAUGUAAUUUAUGGAGGAGAACCAGAUUGUGUCAACUGAUUAAAUUCGAACCAAAUUACUAGAGAAUUUGUAUAUGGAAAGUACACUUGUUACUGCUACAAUUUGUAUGUUUUAGUGUCAUUUUCUGAAAGGUAAUUUUGAAGUUUGCAUUGCAGCA